AUGAGAGGCUUUCGAGGCUACCGAGAUAAUUCCCAGCAAAUCGAGUACAAACCAUUUCGAGAAACAAACAUCGGUAGGGUGUCUACUGAUGGGAGGAUAGGAUGUUACUCUACCCUCGAGAACGACGAGAAAAUGAGGAAAAAGAAUGCAAUCCCAAGACUUUAUUCUCAUGAUCGGUUUGCAAACAUCGAGACAAGGAAUGUUGCUACGAGGCUUACAUGUCUUCCGAUGGAAUCGUACGACCUUGAAGCGAAGAGAUACGUACCUCCUUUCAAGAUCGCACUGACGGACCCAACAGGAGCGAACGGUGGGACAGCAGUAUCCCAAGCCUUCAUGACCCAACAACCACGACAUGGCCUCGCAAAGCAUCACCCGCUUUUGUACAAUACUACUAUUCCGGACUCGGACAUUGAGCCCGAGGAAGAAGGCGAUCAAGAAUUCGAAUUGCAGAGACAGCUCAAGAAGCUCCAUCUUGCCGGCAUCCCACGGACGUGA